ACCAUGGAUUCAGUAUUUGUGCCUGAAAAUGGCUACCUUGAUUUACUGCACAGUGAUAUUGAUCCAUUGCAUCUGUGUACUUUCUUUGAUCCUAAGUCAUCUGGAGAUGAAGAAGGUGACUUCUCUACAGAUCUUGAAGUUGAUGCCAGCAGCUAUGAACAGGUAAAUAAUGUGGAUUUCCUAUAUGAAAAUGGAGAUGGGUUCUACCCCUGUUCCAACACCAUGGAUGCAUAUGCUAAAAUAGCUGAAUUAGUAGAAUAUGUGCUCAAGGAUCAGCAGGAGAAGCAGGUUGAAGACAUUUUUGCAGGGAACCUUAUUUUGGAUGACAUUGCUACUGAAAACACUGAGAAAUUUCCUGACAUAAAGAUGCAGACAUGUCUUAAACGAACUUUCCUAGGCUCUGCAGGGGAGAGUUACUGUGAUGCUUCAGAACCCAAAUAUAAGAAAAUCAUUGAAGACCCUGCAGCGUCUGCAGGGAAUGGCAGUUUCUUUCCUAUGCAUCUCAACAGCCACCCAGUGAGCUGCACCUCCCUCACUAACCAGCACAUGUCCUUUCCUGUUCCUGCUGCCCAUGGGCUGGAAAAAAGCCUCUUAAUUCCUGGAUUGUCAGAACCUUUGACCUCAGAGUGCCUACCAAUCAGUGUGAAAGGGUACCAAGAGAAUCCAGGCUUGGCAGGUCCUCCUCAGCAGAUAUUUAACUUUGUUCUUGAAAAUGGCACAUCUGAUGUUGUAGUAUAUCCAGUGCUGACAUCUUCCAUGGAAACAUUCAUGUCUCCAAGUUUUCCAGUAAAUUUAUGUGCACAACAUACAUAUGCCACAAGCCCUGGAAUUCCAGAUGCAGCAGCAGACAAAUUAGCACACUUAGAGAAAUUUCAAGAAGUUCAAGAUUCUAUAAUUCCUUCUGAAGAACCUUUCAAAAGACCAGAGCAAGUGGAAAAUUUCUGUUCAUCACUUAAGGAUUAUUUCCGAGACACAUGCAAAUCUGUGACCAUGGAGCAGGAGGUAAAUCUGGAUCACCUGUUCAUUGAUGGGACACUUGUUCAAAGUCAAACUGAAACCAAGACUGGAAAGAGUAGUGCAAAAGCAAUGGAAAAGGAGCUGGUAACCUGCAGCCUGCAAGAGAAGGAAAAGAUAGCCAUUGAUAGAAGCCAAAUAUUUCAAAUCCCACAGCGUAAAGAUUUAGAGACUAAAGUGAUUGUGGUGCUGGGAAAACCAGGAAUGGGCAAAAGCAUUCUCAUUCAGAAGAUCUGCCAGGACUGGUCCAACAAAGAGUUUCCUCAGUUUGAAUUUGUAUUUUGGUUUGACUGCAGACAAAUAAGCUUGCCUGAGAAACAAUACAGCCUGAAGGAACUGCUGCUUGAAUUUUUUGUAAAACCUCAAGAGGGAAGCAAAGAGAUCUUUGAGUAUAUAUUGCAAAAUCCUGAUAAAGUCCUUCUGAUUUUUGAUGGUUUUAAAGGAUUGCAUGAUCAUGAGAAUUUUCAUCGUUGCUCAGCCAGGCAGCCUGAAAAGGAUUUGUGCAGUAUAAAGGAGCUGCUUUCAGGACUCAUCCAGAAAAAGAUACUCAAUGGCUGUACUUUAUUAUUUACAGCAAGACCAAAAGACAAACUAUUCCAGUACAUGUCCAAAGUGGAUAAGAUUAUUGAAAUUGUAGGAUUUUCCCCUCAGCAGAGAGAACUGUACAUAAGCAAAUACUUUGAAGAAUCACCCUAUUGUGAUAGUGCACUGAAAUUAAUCAAAGAGUGUGAGUACUUGUUCAGUCAUUGUUACAGCCCUGUUAUGUGUAGAUUUGUUUGUUUUCUCUGUGAGACAGUGCUUGAAAUGGGAGAGAAGAGUCUUCCUUCAACUCUUACUGAAGUCUUCCUGAAAUUUUUUCAGCAGAAGAUAAUGUUUAUGCAAACAGAUGUUACAAUCACAAAAAAUCAAGAGAGUCUUGCUACCCUAGCCCGUGUAGCCUGGUGUCUUGGAGAAAAGCAUCAAAGUGCCAUGAAAAGUGAUCUUAUUUCUUCUGAGGAAGUUAAAGAGUUUGCUCUGAAGUAUGGAUUUUUCCUGCCAUUUGCAUUCCCCAGACAUUCAGAUAGUGAAGAAGAGGAGUUUGGGACCACAUUCUCUGAUUUUGUCAUUCAGAAUUUCUUGUGUGCACUUCACCUUUUGUUAGCAGAAGAGCUCAAGGACAAAAAUCUAACAAAGUACCUGUCUUUUCUAUCCAAGAAGAAAAAACCUUUUAACUGGUUAGAUUUAAUGCCUCGAUUUUUGACUGGUUUGGUGUUUCUCCAGGAUGACCCCUGCUUCUGGUCUCUUUCAAAUGAAGAUGAUAAACAAUCAACCAAGAAGCAGAAAACACUCUUGAAAUACAUUAGAAGGCUGCAGAUUAAUACUCUCUGUCCAGAGAGGUUGCUGGAGCUUUUGCAUUGUGUUUAUGAAACACAGAACAACUAUCUUCUGCAGCAUGUGGCUUUAAGACUCGAGCCAGAAUUGUCUUUUCUGGGCAUAGUUCUUACACCACCUGAUGUCCAUGUACUGCGCUCUAUUUUGAAAAGGUCAAGAAAAGAGUUUUCCUUGGAUUUGCGGAAGAGCAGCAUUGACAUGCAAGGGCUGCAAGUCUUGGUCAGCCUGAAGAAUGUGACAUCAUUCAGGGCCUCCCUCAGUGACACAGUUGGGCUCUGGAGAUCUUUAGAACAGACAAAAGACUAUGAGCUGCUGAAAGCAUCCACAGAAAAAUUUGUUCUUGAACCCUUUAAGGCAAAGACAAUGAAGGACAUCAGUGACCUCUCCAACCUUGUAGAGAUGCAGGAGAAGAUGAGGAAUUGUGUGCAAGAAGCGUCUGGUUGCACCAGCUAUGAAAUUCCUGCCAUCAGGAACCUCAGAAAACUCGAAUUUGCGCUGGGUCCAGCAUGUGGCCUUCAAGGAUUGCUAAAACUCGUGAAAAUUCUUGCAGCAUUUCCAUCACUUCAGCAUUUAGACCUCGAUGCUCUGAGUGAAAAUGGCAUAGGAGAUGAAGGAGCAAAGAGUCUAUCUGAAGUCUUUCCAACCCUGACAUCACUGGAAACGUUAAACUUAUCACAGAAUAAAAUAACAGAUCUGGGUGCAGAGAACCUCGCUGCAGCUUUCCCUUCCUUGUCUUCCUUAAAAACACUAAGCUUGUACAAUAACAACAUUUGUGAUUUUGGAGCAGAAAAUCUGGCAAAGGUUCUCCCUGCAAUGACAUCUUUAAGAGUGCUAGAUGUUCAGUAUAACAAAAUAACUGGUGUUGGAGCCCAGCAGCUGACUGACAGCCUACGAAAAUGUCCCCAUAUAAAGAACUUGCUGUUGUGGAAUCCCACCAUUCCCUAUGGAGUUCUUGAACACCUUCAGCAGCUGGACUCCAGGAUCAGUGUGUAG